CAGUCUGCCAGCCUGUGUGAGCCAGGGAUAAGGAGAGCGAGGCCUUCCUUAUCUGUGUGGGUUUUUUGGUUUUGGUGGUUUCCUUCAUUCUUGCCUGUCCUACAGCCGGAGUAAAAAAAUUUGCCAGGUUUGCCCUCAUCACACAGCGCAUCGUGAGGUGCCAGGGCCUUGAGUUUUGGUGACGAAAAAAAAGGUACCAUUUAUGAAGAUAACAAAUCACAUAAUCACACCUGCUUCAUCCGGAAGUGAGGCAAGAAGGUUCUAUUUCCUUAAACCCUCCUUCAAAACAUCUAACUUAAUCCCAAAUCGGAAAGCCCUGCUUUACAUCCUAUUACUGAGAUGCCAUCUGAUUGACUUUGGUGUGUUCUCCAUUUCUCUGAUGAGUGACAACCUCAACCUGUCCAGCUUGCAGGAAUCCUUGGUGAUCAUUGGCUAAAGUACACUGGCAAUUCUUUCUCUGUAAUCCAUACCAUCUAUUUCUAUGGAGUUGAAGACAUCCUGUGAGGUAGAAGAUAGACAUGAGUAGGGAGCUGGGUGGUCCUAGAACACAGCCCAAGCCCUCUUCCUUUUGUACAGCCUGAUAAGCUACUGUAAAAUCCUAGUUUCAUAUCCACCAACCAGUGGACAGCCUACAUAGCUGCAUAGGCAAGUGUUUCCAGGCAGCAACCAAUAGCUGUUCUCAACUGUAUCCAGACCAUCCCAAACAUAACCUGUUCUUUGCACAUCCAAUGUGAGGUCCCCCCAACUAUAAGGCACCAUGUCUAGCGAGUUCAAAUGCCACUACUGCAAGGAUUCCUUGCAAGGGAAGAAGUAUGUCCAGAAGGAUGACUACAACUGCUGCCUGCCAUGCUUUGACAAGUACUGUGCCAAUAUCUGUGACGAAUGCCACAAGCCCAUAAGUGCAGAUUCCAAGGAGGUGAGUUUUGAUAACCGCUACUGGCACAAAGCCUGCUUCCUUUGUAGCAAGUGCCAACAGCCCUUGGUCAGUGAGACCUUUGUGACCUCGGAUGGCAAGGCCCUUUGCGACAGUUGUGCUACUAAGGAGGCCACCCCCAAAUGCAAAGGGUGCAACGAGCAUAUUGUGGUAGGAGAUCAGAAUGUGGAGUACAAGGGUGACGUCUGGCAUAAAAACUGCUUCGUCUGCAGCAACUGCAAGGAAGUCAUUGGAACCGAAAGUUUCUUCCCUAGAGAUGAGGGGUUCUUCUGUGUGUCUUGCCAUGAGGCCAAGUUUUCCAAGCAGUGUGUGAAAUGCAACCAGCCCAUCACAUCUGGAGGGAUCAGUUACCAGGAUCAACCCUGGCAUACUGAGUGCUUUAUUUGUGACUCCUGUUCCCAGCAGCUGGGCGGGCAGCGGUUCACUGCUGUGGAUAACAAGUAUUACUGUGUAGAUUGCUACAAGAACUUUGUGGCCAAGAAGUGUACUGCGUGCAAAAAUGCUAUCACUGGGUUUGGUAAAGGCUCCAAUAUGGUAAGUUUUGAGGAAAAUUCCUGGCAUGACUACUGCUUCAACUGCAAAAGUUGUUCUGAAAAUCUGGCCAACAAGCGUUUUGUAUUUCAUGAGGAGGAGCUGUAUUGUAUUGACUGUGCCAAAAAGCUAUAACAAGGGCUCCUAACCUGUAAAAUGACAUUUGAACCAUGAUUUGUGUUCUUAUUCUCUCUGCCUUUGACCAACCAUAGGGGAAGAGUUGGUUUUCAACUCAAUAAAGUUGCUCCUGUCUUUUCUUCAAUUUCACAGUAGUAUUCAGCUGCAGGCACAUAGUGAUUAGUUUAUUAGGAUUCAACAGAGAACAACCUUGCAGAAAAAUAAUUUCUCUGUUGCUGCAAUGGAAAAUCAAAACCUUAGGCUCAUCUGCAUGUUUCUUAUACAUCAGAAAAGUGUUAACCAUGUAGCCACAUGAUUUAAGCAAGAAGCAUUGGUGAUAAAGCCUCCACUAAGAUGUUCCAGGCUCAGCUGGGAUCCACUGUGCCACAGCAACAUGCAAGGGUUGUAACAAUUGCUCCAACUCACUGCUCACCCUCUUCUGUGAACAUAAAAAAACUUUUCAGAAUGCAUGGUUGGACUUCCUCAUCAAAAAUUUUGUGCUUUCACAUUAUGUGAAUUUCCAAAAAAAAUAAACAUUUUGAGCCAG